CCGCUGGUGGUGCUUUGGAGGCUCUCAUAUCUGUGGAACAGACUCUGCGGACAGACAUCGACUCUACAAAUCUGCAGCACAUAUGGUCCGCCGAAGAGGUCACCUCCUUGAUGACUCAGAGCGCCUACAAUGCCACACGGGCGCUUUACCCUGGCUCUGACACAGCUAUCCUCGUCAGUAUCAGGAUUCCCGAUGCCGGCAAACAGCUCAGCGAGUGUGCCGGCGUUUGCAAAGGCAUGAUUGCCAUGGGGGCUGUGGUUGGCUUCCUUAUGAUUGUUACCUUCGUGACUGUGGUAACGUGUGUAUGCUGUUUCCGUCGCUCGCCGAAACCGGAAGUGAGGUCUAAUGAACCUUUCCAUCUAGGCAUAUAG